AUGGCAUUAUCCACAUUGAGUCGAUUACAGCUAACGCCCGACAUGAACAUUUGUCGCACUUUAAAUGGACUCUGGCAAGUAAGUGGAGGCCAUGGACAUAUUGAUCGAACAGCUGCCAUAAAAGACAUGUUUCGUUAUGUGGAUGCCGGCUUGACUACAUGGGAUUUAGCAGAUAUUUAUGGUCCAGCAGAAGAUAUAAUGGGUGAAUUUAGACGUCAGCUACUCGCUAUUCGUGGUAAAGCAGCUCUAGAUAAUCUACAAAUCUUCACUAAAUGGGUGCCUCAGCCGACAAAAAUAACAAAAAAAUUGGUUGAAGAAAACAUCAACAAGUCUUUGACACGGAUGGGUGUAGAAUCCAUCGAUUUGCUUCAGUUUCAUUGGUGGGAUUAUCGCGACAAUAGUUACCUCGAUGCUUUGCGAUAUCUUUCGGAACUUCAGAAAGAAGGCAAAAUUAAGCACUUGGGUUUAACGAAUUUUGAUACUGAGCGUUUAAAAAUAAUUCACGAAGCUGGUAUUAAAAUUGUUUCUAAUCAAGUACAAUAUUCUAUAAUAGACCGUCGUCCAGAAGUACAUAUGAUACCAUUCUGUCAGCAAAAUAAUAUUAAGUUGCUAACGUACGGUACAGUCUGCGGUGGCUUGUUAUCAGAUAAGUACCUCGGCAAACCAGAACCACGAGCUGGAGAGUUAACAACUAUAAGUUUGAAAAAAUACAAGAAUAUGGUCGAUAAGUGGGGAGGAUGGCAAUUAUUUCAAGAAUUACUUACUGUUCUCAAACAAAUUGCAAAUAAGCAUAGUGUCAGCAUCGCUAAUGUCGCUGUGCGUUACAUAUUAGACAAGCCCACAGUUGGCGGUGUAAUUAUUGGUGCUAGACUAGGGUUAAGCGAACAUCUUCAAGACAACGCCAAAGUAUUUGAAUUCAAUCUUGAUGCCGACGAUAAUGAAAAGAUAGAUGCAAUAUCUCGAAAAUCACAAGAUUUGUAUCGGAUUAUUGGUGACUGUGGUGACGAAUAUCGAUAA